AUGGCAGGAAGACUUGAGCGAUUCCUCAACACGACUGGAUUUACCUUUUUCGCUCUCAUACUCCUCGCCCUCAUCGGCCUCACCCCAGUUGACGCUGUCUACCAAUGCUACGAAACGCGUCGACUCACCAACAUCUUCUUCAUCAUCGGCGCAUAUGUCAUAACCUUCAUAAUUGCCGCCCUCAUCUAUGCGACACGCAUCUACACCAAUCGGAGUACUCUCUCAGGCAUACCGAAGGCCUGGAUUCCCGUGGAAAAGGAAGAUGUGAGCAAGAGCGUUCGACGCCUAGUGAAAGAGGGCCUCGCCCACAGUGCUAUUAUCGCAUACCAAGCCCGUCCGCGCGAUGUCUCUACCGACGAGGACAACUUCCAGCACUACAAACCGCUUCUCAUUGACCGAGAACGACCACCCUGGGGCCAUAUCGAGCACUGCGGCUGGUCUUCGCCUACGUCACCAGACCUGCCGAAUCUUCCCUAUCGCACGGUCAUCCAGGAGCUCCCUAGCUUGAUCGAGGCGAAAGCUGUCUCCCUCGCCCCUGCUGAUUCAUUUGCGCCUCCAGACCCCUUCGGUUCGCCAGGCGAUUACACAACGCCCUCCCUCCCGGAUACACGCGUGGUGGAAGUACUACAACGACCGGCUUCAAUGGGUCUGAGAGAGUACAUCCGACAUCUGACGUCUCUUGGGGCUAUCUAUCCGCCAGAAUUAGGCGCUGACUUUCUCGCGCUAUACGAACGAGCCCGGUUCUCGCGUCACAGUCUACACGAAACAGAGUUCCGUGAGCUCAUGCAUCUCUUCGCGGAGAUCCUCAGAGGAAUGACGAGCCUUGCGCCGCCAGUCCUGGAGGAGAUUCGUGACAGCGCAAGCUACCGACGAGCCUACAGCCAGUCCGCUAUUGGAAAUACUGACGAAGAGGGAUAUACUACAGAUACUGUGGAACAUUAUGGUUACGAUGGGGCUUUGGAGCCCAUGCGCAGUGACAGCAUUCGCCCAUCGAAUUCGUCUACUUGGGACAGCCAGUCAGGGUAUGACACUGCACCGUCAAUACAGAGGCCUGUCUCGGAACUGUCAGCGGGCUUCAGCUCAUAUGCUCCACGAAGUCCUCGAACGCCUUCUAUAAGGUCUCUGCGACGCGUGGCAUCUGGCCAAUCUGGCGCCUCGGGAGGAAGUGUUAUUCGUUUGACGCAGCCGCAGGAUCCGACAGAGCUGCCGUACACAAUUGACUACGCUGGACGUAGGCAGUGA